AUGGACUCGGGGGCGGAGAUUGCACUUCAUGGCUACUGCCACGAAGACAGCACCAAGCUCGACACAAAGCAAGAUGAAGACGUCUUGGACAGGUGUACUGCCCUUGUCGAGUCACUGACUGGGAAGCGUCCUGCCGGGUUCCGUGCUCCAUCGUACCGAAUCCGCUAUGAGACGAUUGCCCUCCUGGAGAAAAGGGGGUUCCUUUAUGAUAUCUCAUUCAGCGACCACGACUCAAAGCUGUACCCUCUUGACCGCGGCUUCUCUCUUGCUCCAUUCGACAACUCUAAAUGA